AUGCCCUCAGCUCCAAGCUCGCCAGAGAGGCACCUGGCCGAACCUGAUGAUCUGCCCCGGCGAUCAUCUGAUGAAUCGGGCCGAUGUGCCUCAACUGGCCAAGCUUCAGAGUCCUCCCCCGCCACUGAGCGUGCAAAGAAGCAGAGAUCCCAAGGACGCAGCGCUAUGGCAGCUAUGAUGUCAGGAUUGGAAUCACGUUUACUCCCAAAAAGUCUCACUCGCGGCCGCACUUCCAACCGUGAAUCUAGUCAGCGUAACUCCUCUGUUGACUUUCUCUCCCCCGCCAUCGAAGCAGCCUCAAAGAAGCUCCAGAAGAUGACCAUCGGGGGAAAAACCGAUCAUAUGUGGGGUCCAUCAAUGAACGAAUCCGAUGAAGCUUUCGCUCAACCAUCCAGCAGCUCAAGUCUCCCUGGCUAUGUAAAGCCGACCAGAGCCGAGCAAGGCGAACGUCUCGCAAAGGAUGUGUUUGAUAGUGAACACAACAUCAUUCACAGCAGCGACGAUUCCGACUCCGAUGGUGAUGAUGAUAUCUGGAACGAGGAUAUCCAGUCCACUGCGACACCGAACGAUAUCAAAGGCAAGCAGCCCAGGAAGUCCGCAUUGAAGUCCGUGAUUCGUCCCCAAGCAUUCUUCGAUAACCCAGCUCCAGCUCCACGAUCGGCAGCUGGUACGCCAUAUGGAUCGGAUGACGAAGCAGAGCUAGAAGAAAUCCACCGUGCUCAGAGACUUGCAAUCUACGUAUCCCUUAUCGACAAUAGUGUCCCCAAUCGGUCCAUUUGCACCAUCAUCCGCGGCAAUUUUGAGAGUCUUCAGGCUGAAGCCGAUGAAGGACGUCGUCGCCAGCGCAAAUACCUGGUAGCCACCGAUCUCAGCGAUGAAUCAGUCGUGGCGCUAGAAUCUACCAUUGGAACUUUACUUCGAGACGGCGAUACCAUGUGGGCCUUGUAUGCUAUCCAAGAGGAUGCAAGCAGCUCAUCUACUCAUGUGGCGGAAAGUGCGCACAGCAACCAAGACAUUAAUACUAUCGUGGGCAACCAAACUCAAGAGGCUACGAACCCUGGUCGCAAUUACUUCUCUCUCUUGGGGUCAGCAAUUGUUAAGUCUGCCUCCGCCGAAGGUCACACAGUCUCUGCCACAGAAGCAGAACGUGUCAAGGCCGUGAAAACCGUGACUGAAACAUGCCUGAAGCUGUUGCGCAAGACCAGUUUGCAAGUUCGGAUCGCAGUUGAGGUUAUUCACUGCAAAAAUCCUAAGCAUCUGGUAACUGAGGCUAUCGAUUAUGUUGGGCCCACUGUUACUGUUGUCGGCGCCCGAGGUCAAAGUGCCCUGAAAGGUGUUCUCCUCGGUUCAUUCUCCAAUUACCUUAUGGCCAAUUCAUCUGCCCAGGUGAUGGUCGCACAACUCCCCAAACGUUCCUCCAAGAACGGACCGAACCGAGAGUACCGCUAUCCCAAUUACCUCCGAAAGCCCAAAAGUCUCACACAGGCCAGAGUUGAUUAA